AUGCUACGCGCCGGAAGCGGGCUUGCAGAGUAAGACCAAGAAGUAGCGGUGGACCUGGGCCCCGCUUUAGAGUAAGGAGCUUCGCAACUUUGGUAGGCGGCCGUUGCCAUGACGGCCCAGGGGAGCCUGGUGGCCAACCGAGGCCGGCGCUUCAAGUGGGCCAUUGAGCUGAGCGGGCCUGGAGGAGGCAGCAGGAGCCGAAGUGACCGCGGCGGUGGCCAAGGAGACUCGCUGUACCCUGUCGGUUACUUGGACAAGCAAGUGCCUGACACCAGCGUGCAAGAGACAGACCGGAUCCUGGUGGAGAAGCGUUGCUGGGACAUCGCCUUGGGUCCCCUCAAGCAGAUUCCCAUGAACCUCUUCAUCAUGUACAUGGCAGGCAAUACUAUCUCCAUCUUCCCUACUAUGAUGGUGUGUAUGAUGGCUUGGCGGCCCAUUCAGGCACUUAUGGCCAUUUCAGCCACUUUCAAGAUGCUAGAAAGCUCAAGCCAGAAGUUUCUUCAGGGUUUGGUGUAUCUCAUUGGAAACCUCAUGGGUUUGGCAUUGGCUGUUUAUAAGUGCCAGUCAAUGGGACUGUUGCCUACACACGCAUCAGACUGGUUAGCCUUCAUUGAGCCCCCUGAGAGGAUGGAGUUCAGUGGUGGAGGACUACUUCUGUGAACAGGAGAAAGAAGCACCUGGUGCCUACGUAUCGGGAUCUCAUUUACAACCUUCUUUUUGUGCCCAGUGACUCCUUCUCAGCAUACUAACUCUUAACGUUAUCACUCAUGCUGAAAAGAACCCAAAGCUCUCUACUCCAUGGUGAGGAGACGAAUCCCAGAAGGACAAUGUAUGUAUCACUCCAAACAAAGAGAACAUACGACAACCUUUGACCGAAAAUAAUGUAGAAAACUUUAUUUAUGUUUCCAGUACAGAGCAAAACAACAAAUAAAACUGUAACUCUAUGUAAACAAAAGAAUGGUUGCUGCUAAAUCAAGAACCACAGCAGCAUCUCCUUUCAAUAAAUUAAAUGCUUGAGAACAAUGCUUAAAAAAAAAAAGUUGCACAAGUUUCCCUUAAAUCCAUUUUCCUUAAUAUUUCACUUCUAUUUAACACAAGCUGGGACAUAAAAAUUCUGUUGGAGACACUUGUGGAAGAUGUGAGAAACUGAUGCUGGGUUCAGAUUAUACAUGAUGAAAAAAAUAAACCAGACAAAAAGAGCACAUAAA